AUGCGUCACGCGAAAUCGGCGAGCCCGCGGCGACAACGUAUAUGGGAACUGCAUGAGGACCACAUGCAGAACGCUACCGUGGUGGAAGGUGGGGCAGCUAAUCUGCGUUACAACAAAGAUGCAAAAGGUUCCAAGUAUUAUCCUCACCGCAACCUCUCGGUCAUGCUACUGAACCUCUUUGCUGACAAGCAUCAGUUGUCACGCGCUGUGAUAGAGGGGCUGCUGACGAUGCUCCGCUUUAAGGACGAGGACGGGGACAAGUUCAACAUCGAGGGGCUAUCCGGGGUGCACCACGAGCAUUUUCGGGCAAGAAGUCGGCGCUACGCACCCCUCCUCCUACAACUCAAGCGUAAAGUGAAGUGUUCCGCUAUUGCACAGGCUGCUGGGGAGACUGAGGCUUACGUGCAUGAAAUACCGGCGAAUCUGAUUAUUGACCGCAAACUGAGAUCGAAGUCGGCAGUGCAAGAAAUGAUGGUUAACCAGGGGGGCAAGGCACUCACCGCAGUCGAGUUGGACGGCAUGCUCGGACAGGAUAGACCCCAUGCCGAUGAGAUCGAGGGGAAGAUACACCAGGAAGAUGAAGUUCGCUUCGUGAGGACGUGGGAAGAAGAGGAAGAUAUCGACAAGAAGGACGUCGAGUGCUUGGUGAGAUCUACCGACAUGUCGGAUCUGUGUGAGAUGUACACGCCGGAGGAGGCAGCCAAGCUAGGCGGAGGCGAGUGCACGGAAGGGCAGAGGUCAUGCGGGAGCAAGUUCGUAUGUAUGGGAUUCGUACGGAGUAAGAAGCCUUCAUCCGGUGCGGCACGGCGUGUGAAAUACCCAAAGCGGCGCAAGCAACGCGACGACGCUGAUGGCGAGUAUGUCGUGUCAAGGGAACCAUGGGGGAAAGAGGGAACGCCAGACGAUUCGAGAUUUAGCAUCCGCAAGAAAAGGUUCGUGCACAAUUCAGCCAACGACCCCUACGUGGCGAUGCCAGUCAUUGGAAUGAUCGACGGCUUCAACAGCGUCGGGAUGCACACGAAGAGUACGGUAGGGGCCACGUAUAUUGGUUUCGGAAGCACCACACCCUCGUUGCAGCGGAAGAGGGGUCAAGCGCACAUUACAACGUGUGCUUCGAAGGGGGCAAGCUGUGAGGGAGAGAUGGACCUAUUCUGCCGGCUCACGGGUGACCUUCAGAAGGGUUGCACUGCCGUCGUGCACUUCCCUGCUACCGAUGGCGAACCAGCCUACGUCGUCAAGGUCUUUCUUCGAGGCGGACUUUUGGUACUGGUAGCAGACUCCCCGCAACGAGCGCUGAUGUGCUAUUGCAAGCACCCCAACAGCUUCAGCAGGCGGGGACCUGUGGGGGACCAGUUGUACGAUAUCGUCACCAACCGGCGCACGAGGGGGCUAAUGCUGGAAGAAAGGAGCAAAUUGGAGGCCUUGGCGUCCAACCCUGUUCGGCAGGGACAUCUAUCAUCUGCGCUCGGCGUGGUUGCCCCCCAGGAGGGUGACGUGUGGCCCCUGUUCGAAGCAAUGGACAUCGUGCCGUCCAGGGUUACACCGGUGGAAAGCUUGCACGCUGAUGCUCUGGCGUUGGUGCAGAAGUACUUGAUUGCGCUGCAGAACACCAAGAGACGGGAGCUCAUUUCAGCCACCAUGAGACAUCGCAAGGGUAACAAUUUGUACCCGCCCGGUGCGGAACCCCUCAAGGAUCCCGUCACGGACUAUUCGUCCCUGACCGGCAGCGUAAGAGCUUCGAUGCACACUCUUUUGCACUUUAAGGAGGCAAUCCUCGAUCACGGGGAGUUCGCUCAUCAGCAGCACAAGCGAACCAACAAGUCGAACUGCGGACGGAACGCCUCUCAGCACUACAUCACGAGUGCCAACACGAACUACGCAUGGGCCGCUCUCGCGGAUGGUGUGCGGUACAACGUUAUGAAUUACGACUACCGUAAACGCCUCAACGUCGAGGUGACUGUUCGACCCGGGGAAUCUUGUGUGCGGGUCUUACAAACCUUGAGGAGAGACCUGCCAGGAGGGUUGUCACAAGGAGGCACAGACGUCCGAGAACCAGGGAACCCGUCGAGGCAGAGGGUGGCUGACGCGCACCAAGGGUCCGCGAUCUGGGAUGCCUCUCUGAUACAAGACUCACACGACUGGAUGGAAGUUGAUGGUCACGGGAAUGGGACUCCACCCAAAUGGGAGGCGAUGGUGGCUUCUGGACGUUUUCGCCCGACCUUGCCCGCCAUGAAGGCGGCAUAUAAGGUUUUACUCGCGUGCCGCAGGGAGCCGGGAGAUGUUUCACUUCGCUGCGCCGAACUACGCUGCCCCACGUGCUGGAAUAACACGGGAAAUCUGGAUUCGUCCACAAUACAAUGUUCCAGGUACAACCACUUCGCUUCAAUGUUGGCCAGCAGUGGAAGAGGAAGUUGGAAGGGCGGAGAUGUGCGGUCCGCGGCGGACUACCUAAACGAUGACGGUCCGCCUGAUGCCUGGGUCUUGGGGGAGGGGGGCGGACAGGACGUCGAGGUAUGGAGAGGAACUCCGCCCACGGGCGGCGACGCGACAGCAUCUUCAUCAGUCGAGAACCUAUCGAUGGGUAAGAUCGUGUAUUUCUUCAAACACCGGGGGAAUGCUAGGGAGGGAACAGCCGAGCCCGGUCCAGGGACAUGGUGGGUGCUUUUUUUGUUCGAGUAA